AUGGACGCAUCAUCUAAAGAUACAUUGAAUCACGCCAAGGAUUUCCCUGUCUUUGACGGACAGCAGCGAUGGGAAAGUUGGAAGGCAGCAAGCAUUUUGGGCGAUGAUACAUGGGUAAGCAUUGGUACGGGCAUUGACCUGCCUUGUGGCUUUGUGGGGUUCGAAUAUUUACGGGAGUAUUUCAAACUCCGCGUCCACACACCGAUUCACAGCUCGGUUUUGACAAUCUACUCGUCGUUAUUUGGAUGA